AUGGAGAAAACAACACCCAUAGCCGUUGUUCCCAGCCCUGGAUUUAGCCAUCUGAUUCCUCUUCUUGAGUUCUCCAAGCGACUUGUUCAUCUUCACCCAGAUUUUCAUGUCACAUUCAUCAUCCCCUCACUGGAAUCUCCUCCUUCUGCCUCCAUAGUCUACCUUCAAAAUCUUCCUUCAAACAUCCAAUCCAUUUUUCUUCCUCCUAUCUCCAAACAAGACGUACCCAAAGAUGCCAAUAUAGCAUUCCAAAUUCAACUCACAGUGGCCAAAUCUUUGCCAUCCUUACAACACGAAUUGAAGUCGUUGAAUUCGAAAUUUCAUUUGGCUGCUAUAGUUGCAGACCCUUUUGCAAUUGAGGUGCUAAGUUUCGCAAAGGAACUGAACACUUUGUUUUUCAUUUACUCAUAUUCAGCUGCUUCAACGCUUUCCUUCUGCCUCUGUCUCCCAACUCUCCAUGAUGAGAUAUCUGGGGAGUUCGGAGACGUACCAGAUCCUAUCCAGAUUCCAGGUUGUGUCCCACUCUAUGGUGGAGAUUUCCCUGACCCGGUUCAAAAUCGGUCCAGUGAAGCUUACACAAUGUUUCUCCAACAAAGCAAGACAUUGUUGUCUGUUGAUGGGAUAUUGGUUAACAGCUUCACCGAGAUGGAAGAAAGGGCGGCAAGAGCCUUGACACAGAAAGGAAAUGGUUAUCCACCUGUGUAUCCGAUCGGACCCAUCACUCAAACUGGGUCUAAUUGUGAAGAAAAAGGGUCAGAGUGCUUGAAGUGGUUGGAGAAUCAACCACCUAGCUCUGUUUUAUAUGUUUCUUUUGGAAGUGGUGGGACCCUAUCUCAAGACCAAAUCAAUGAGCUAGCUUUUGGCCUAGAACAUAGUGGGAAGAAAUUCUUGUGGGUUCUUAGAGUACCAAGUAACUUGGUGAAUGCUGCUUACCUUGGUUCUACGAAUGAGAAUCCUCUUGAUUUCUUACCAGAAGGUUUCUUGAAGAGAACCAGAGAGCAAGGUUUUGUCAUUCCUUCUUGGGUACCUCAAGUUUCUAUCCUUAGUCAUGGUUCAGUUGGUGGCUUCUUGAGUCAUUGUGGUUGGAACUCCACACUUGAGAGUGUCCAGAAGGGAGUGCCAUUAAUGGCGUGGCCACUAUUUGUAGAGCAGAAAAUGAAUGCUGCUUUGUUAACUGAUGGUCUUAAUGUGGCAUUGAGGCCUAAAGUGAAUGAAAAUGGCAUAGUGGAAAGGGAAGAGAUUGCUAAAUUGGCGGAGAGUUUGAUGGAAGGCGAAGAAGGUAAGGAGAUUCGCAAGAGAAUGAAGGAUUUAAGAGGUGCUUCUUCUAAUGCACACAAAGAAGAUGGUUCUUCUGCAAAUACGCUAUCUGAAGUUGCACUCAAAUGGAGAAAUAAUUUAGAUGAGAUACAUAAAAAGGUUUUGAAUUUGUGAAUUCUCUUUUUUCUAUUAGUAGUUCUUGUACUUGUACGUUCAUCUAUUUUGAUUUG